CGAGUGCUGCUUUGGGGUGGACAGCGGUCAGGUUGCCGCUUCCAGCUCGGUGCCACGCCCCGGCCGGUGCUGCGGGAUCCUCAGCCAUGCUGUUCUGGCACACGCAGCCCGAACACUACAACCAGCACAACUCUGGCAGCUACUUGCGUGAUGUGCUGGCUCUGCCCAUCUUCAAACAGGAGGAGCCCCAGCUGUCUCCUGAGAACGGGGCCCGCCUGCCGCCCCUACAGUAUGUGCUGUGUGCCGCCACCUCUCCAGCGGUGAAGCUACAUGAAGAGACCCUGACAUACCUCAAUCAAGGUCAGUCAUAUGAAAUCCGACUGCUGGAGAAUCGGAAGCUAGGGGACUUCCAAGAUCUGAACACGAAAUACGUGAAGAGCAUCAUCCGUGUAGUUUUCCACGACCGCCGGCUGCAGUACACAGAGUACCAGCAGUUGGAGGGUUGGCGGUGGAGCCGGCCCGGGGACCGCAUCUUAGACAUUGAUAUUCCACUGUCUGUUGGUAUCUUGGACCCCAGGGCCAGCCCAACCCAACUGAAUGCUGUAGAGUUUUUGUGGGAUCCUGCAAAGAGAGCAUCUGCAUUCAUCCAGGUGCACUGUAUCAGCACGGAAUUCACCCCCAGGAAGCACGGGGGUGAGAAAGGAGUGCCUUUUCGGGUGCAGAUUGACACGUUUAAGCAGAACGAGAAUGGAGAAUACACAGAGCAUCUACAUUCUGCCAGCUGCCAGAUCAAGGUGUUCAAGCCCAAGGGAGCUGAUCGGAAACAGAAGACUGACCGGGAAAAGAUGGAAAAAAGGACAGCUCAGGAGAAGGAGAAGUACCAGCCAUCCUAUGAAACCACCAUCCUCACUGAGUGUUCUCCAUGGCCUGAUGUACCAUACCAGGCCAACAGUACUCCAUCCCCAAGCUACAACGGCUCUCCUAGCAGCUUUGGCCUCCGUGAAGGUAACAGCUCACCUAAUCACCCGGUGGAGCCCUUACCGCUGGGCAGCGAUCACCUGCUCCCAUCAGCCUCUAUCCAGGAUGCCCAGCAGUGGCUGCACCGCAACCGCUUCUCACAGUUCUGCUGGCUCUUCGCCAGCUUCUCGGGUGCUGACCUGCUGAAGAUGUCCAGAGAUGAUUUGGUCCAGGUCUGUGGCCCCGCAGAUGGGAUUCGGCUCUUUAAUGCCAUCAAGGGCAGGAAUGUGAGGCCAAAGAUGACCAUCUAUGUCUGUCAGGAGCUGGAGCAGAACCAACUACCCCUGCCACAGAAGCACGAUGAAAAUGGGGACAAUAGCCUGUGUGUAUACCAUGCUAUCUUCCUGGAAGAACUAACUACCCUGGAGCUGACUGAGAAGAUUGCCAGCCUGUACAGCAUCCCCCCACAGCACAUCCACCGGGUCUAUCGACAGGGUCCUGCUGGCAUCCACGUGGUGGUAAGCAAUGAGAUGGUUCAGAAUUUCCAAGAUGAGUCUUGUUUUAUCCUCAGCACGUUAAAAGCAGAAAGCAAUGAUGGCUACCACAUCAUCCUCAAGUGUGGACUCUGAGCAGGAGCACUGUGCCUGUCCCCGCCCCGUGGACCCCUGGCUGUAAAAGGCGCAUUGCUGUCAGCCGAUGCCUCACCUGCAAGCUCAGACUAGGAGGGACUCCGCCCACACCAGGAAAGCUACAGACAGUCGUGGACACAACGUCUGGUGUACAGAAAGCCAGUGGUUCCCUCUUCUUUCUUGCUGGCCUUUAGCUUUUUAACAGUUUCUUGUUCUGUUUCCAGGCAGACAGUGGGGAUGUGGAUCUCUUAAACCCUGAGCCCCACGGUUGGAGGCUCCCUCUGAUGUAUGGGUCCUUCCUGACUACUCUUACCUCACCCUGUUUCAGCACCUCUUUCUUGAGUCAUUGGCUUCAUGGCUGGCUCUGUCAUCCUCACAGGGACAGCACGCACAGCUCUCCUCCUAAUACUGACUUCCCUUCUCAGGACCCUGGUAGCCACACCUCUCCUGUCCUUGGAUGAAUUGAUAGGACGGGGGCUAUUUAUUUUGUGCCUUCCACUUCUCUCUCAGUUGCCUUGUCUCUAAGGAUCUGCCACAUUCAAGCCCAGAGUCUGCAUUGACACAGUAGAUGGUAUGGUGUACCUUUGUGACCUCUCUUGGUCAUUGUGUUAGCUCCUUCCCUGUUGUUGUGAUAAGAUACUCUGGCAAAGGCAACUUGAUGAACAAAGGGCUUGGUUUGGCUUAGAGUUUCGUAAGGAUCAACUACAGCGGUGAGGAAGAUACCAAACAGAACUGUAGUUGAUCUCAUUUUCAUACACAUAAGAAGCACAGAGAAAGAGCAAGAACAGGAAAUGGUACAAGCCCUCAAGGCCCACCAUCCUCAGUGACAUAUACUUCCUCCAACAAGAUCGUAUCCUCUAAAGUCCCAUAACAUCUGCAGACAACACCCCCAAUUGGGACCACAUGUUCAAGAGCCUAUGGGACCCGUUUCUCAUUCAAGCCACACAUUUUGCCUGUGUGACUUCUCACAGUUGCUAGUUAAGAUGACAAGUGUCUUCCUCACCAGCGAAGAGAGGUGAGAACAGAGUGAUUGUUCUUGGACUACUACUGUGUGGUCUUAUUUCUUUCCUAUUGAGUAAAGAGUACUAAGAGGUGAAGAUUCCAUUAUCCAGUGGUCUUGACCGUCCAUUCUAGACCAUCUGGGUCAGGGUAUGUCUCAGUAGAUCCCUUGCCUGGCAAGUAUGAGGCACUGGGCAGCAUCCCAGUACUACAGCCGGACAGACUUACUGAACUCCCUUUUUCAGACAACCUCAGCUAACCACUGCUAUUUCUUUGCCAAGUGGCCCGGGGGUAGUGUGUUUUCUUCAGUGCUGGUUUAAGAGUCUAUGUUUUUCUAACUGUAGGUAUAUAGAUAGGGUUCUUUGUCUCUGAUGGAAUGGUUGAAUCAAUCACCUUUCUUAACUCUGGGGGAAUUGCAGGAUCAAUAACUAUGGUAGACUUAAGAAUUCAUCUUCAUGUUGUCAAGGAUCUAUGCCUGCCCAAAGCUUCAACUAACUCUUUCCUGAUUCAAGUCUCCUUGAGCCAUGGUGAGUUACUUCUACGCCCAAAGGUUUGCCAAAGGUUUUGGCAAAUAUUAUUUUACAGGCAGAGAAGCUACUCUCACAGCAAAGCUGGGCUCUCAGUCCCUUGUCUUGUGGCACAUGUGGGUGGGGUUGCAGCUUUAUUGAGAUGUUGGGACUGUGAAUACAUUAGUACAGACUUCUGUGUGGACAGGGCUUCAUUUUGGGAAUGUGCCUAGUAGAAUGGACUGCUCCUAAGGUAAAUUCUCUUUGAGGAACCGCCCUAUGUUUCCCACAGAGCUACACCUAUCUGCAUUACCACCAACAAUGGAGGAUGGUUCUAGUUUCUCUGCCUCCUCCUCAACACUUGCUGUGAUAUCUCGUUCUUGCUUGCUUGCCUGUCCUCCCUCCCUCCCUCCCUCCCUCUCCCUCUUCUUCGUCUCUCCCUUCCGUGUAGUCCAGCCUGACCUCAAAGUCACUAAGUAGAAGAGGAUAAUUGAACUUCUGAUCCUCCUGCCUUUGCUUCCCAAGUGCUAAGAAUAUAGAAAAGUAUCUCCACACUGAAUUUGUGCAGUGCUGGAGCAGAAUCCAGGGCUCCGUGCGGGUAGGUAAGAGCUCUCUCAGCAGCUGAGCCACCUCCCGACUGUUGACUUCUCUUUAUUACAGUAUCCUGCAGGUUUCAGGCAUCUCUCUGGCUAACGAUGCUCAAUGUGUCUUCACGUUGGUUGGCCAUUUGUGUAUCUUUGGGAGGAUGUCUGGUCAGGUCCUUGGCCCAUUUUUAAGUCUUGUCACUGAACUGUAUGGGUUAUUGGUAAAUUCUAGAUGCAAAUCCUUCAUCAUCUUUUCUCCAUUCUGCUCCAUUCUGUAGGCUAUUUUCACCCUCUUAAUGGCUGACAUCCUUUGGGGUGUACAAGUUUAUACAUUGGUUGCACUUGUGUGAAUCAGUACUCCCAGUACUCAACUGAGGCUCCCAAGGCCAGUCCAGACCAGUAAGACCCAGUCUCAGAAAUAAUUGUCAUAAUUAUUAUUUUAAUUUGUAUGAUGCCUGAGUUACCUUCUAUUGCUUGUGUUUUUGAUAUGGCUGUUAAGAAACCAUGACCUAAUGCAAACUCAGGAACAUCUCUAUUUUCUUCUUAGAAAUGUUUAUUUUUAUUUUAUGUGCAUUGGUAUUUUGCACAUUGGUGUGUGUGUGUAUGUGUGUGUGUGUUUGUGUGUAUAAAUACACACAGCCCCCUGAGAGGGUGUUACAUCCUCUGGAACUGGGGUUACAGGCAGGUGUGAGCUGCUAUGUGGGUGCUGGGAAUUGAACCUUGGUCCUCUGGAAGAGCAGCCAGUGCUCCUAACUACUGAACCAUCAUUCCUCUCCCCUUUACAACUUGAUUAAAGUUUUAGUUGUUACAAUGAGUCCUGCUCCAAUCUGAGUUAGUUUUACAUAUAUGAUAUGUAGUGGGAUAGUCUACUUUUAUCCUUUUACAUGUGAGUAUCUGCUUAUUUCUACCCCUAAUUACUGAAAGGACUGGAGCGUCGUCUGUAGGCAGUCUUUUGCUGGAGACCUCUGGUUCCUGGAUCUCUGUGAGCACGGUAGGACUAUCACCGAUCUCUUGUUCCUUUUACCUUCUCAGUCUGCAUUUGGGUCUACUGCUCUUACAAUUGCCUCCCUCUCUCCCCCUGUGUUCUCUCUUCAGCAGAACUAGGUGAUACCCCUCUGUUCUGCCAUUUUCCCUGACACUAACAUGUCCUAGUUCUAGAGGAAGGUCAUGACCAAGGUUUCCAUCCUUGGAUAGAGAGUCAACCAAGUCACUUAGAAUAAUUAGCUCAAGGCGAGGCACUGGGAGAAACAGGACUAGACUUUGGGCCUCCGACUUUCAGCCCGUCAGGCUAUCUGUGGCCCUUGUUCCCAAGUGAUAGCCCUACAUGGGUCACAGGAAGAGAGACUAAACUGAUACCUUUUUUUCUCAUACCAAAGUGGGUCUAACUGGAGAGCCAAAGAUGGCUCACUACAGAAAGAGCCGAUGGCAUGGGACAUUCCAAGUCUUGUCUUGGGGCCUGUAUUAGUUAUUUUUCUCAUUGUUGUUGAAAAACAUCUGACAAAAACCGACUUAAGGAGUAAGGGCUUCCUUCUGACUCACAGUGUGAAGGUGCAGUCUGUCAUGGCUGGGAAGUGUUGGCAGCCAGAGCAUGAGACAGCCAGAAGCAGAGACAGAUGGAUGCAAUCUUUCUUAGCUUACCAUCUCCUUUUGUCUUAGUCAGGGUUUCUAUUCCUGACCAAGAAGCAAGUUGGGGAAGAAAGGGUUUAUUCAGCUUACUUCCACAUUGCUCUUCAUCACCAAAGGAAGUCAGGAUAGGGACUCAAGCAGAUCAGGAAGCAGGAGCUGAUCCAGAGGCCAUGGAGGGAUGUUAUUUAUUGGCUUGCUUCCUUACAGAACCCACGACUACUAGCCCAGGGGAGGCCCCACCCGCAAUGGGCUGGGCCCUCCCCCAUUGAUCACUAGUUGAGAAAAUGCCUUACAGCUGGGUCUCAUGGAAGCAUUUCCUUAACUGAGGCUCCUUUCUCUGUGAUAACUCCAGCUUGUGUCAAGUUGACACACAAAACUGCCAGGACACCUUUUAACUCUACAAAACCUCGGCCAUGAACCAUUAGGGUAGGUCUUUGCACCUCAGGUAACUGAUCUAGAAGACUUCCCAUACACUUACCUGGCAAGGAGGGAGACCAUGAUCAAGGAGGUGGUCUUUCCUGGGCAAUGCUUAUUCUUUGCACUCUGGAUGUGUUUGAGUGAGUAAAUUUGGUAGUGGGGGAAUGCAUUCUUGUUCUAUCUGAGUGAAUUAAAAGAAGAGAAAAGAAAUCCUCUUGCAGACAUAGCCAGAGGUUAGUUUCCAUGGUGAUACUAAGUCCCAUCAAGUUGGCAAUCAAGAUUAGUCAUUGUGGGGGUCUAGAAAAAGGUCAGACAUUGCCCUAGUGACUUCUUACCCAGUCUGCCUGGAGCCCCUUGAGAGCUAUUAACUGGGAAAAGGCUAGAACCCAUAAGCACGUCACCAGUUCCUAAGUCCAUUGUUGCUUCAGGGGCUGGCCCAAGUGGCUGAAGUUCUGAAAAUCAUUAACACAUGAGUGGAAGAAAGAAAGACUCUUUAGCUGUUGUCAGUGGAAAGUUGAGGUUGUUGGGGGCAAGGGGAAUUGAAUAUGGUCACUGCCUUAGGUACACUGGAGGGACAGGACCAAAAGUCAAGGGUCCCAUGCUGCAUUGUGAAUGGUCUCCCUUUAAAUACAGGGUAAGCAGUAUAAUAACCCAUCGAUAGAGUGUUUGUCUGUGUUUGAACCCCAGAACUUACCUCUAAAACAAGAAACAUUGAAUUGGAGGCCUGAGAACCUGGAAACUGUAGUCAGUGGGUGAAUCUGAGCUUCAGGAAAACUUUACCAUUGUUUCCCAUUCAUCAAAGUCAUAUGGUAGACAGGUGACCUUUGCUUGUCCUCAGUAUGCACAGUGCCACCUGUGCUGCCACAUGUCAACCCUAGUGGACACGUGCUUACCAAGCCUUCCCUGACCGCAGCUAGGUGAGUGUGUUUGUGUGUAGGUGUGAACCUCAGAGUGAUGUGCUGCUGGCUGCUAUUAUCCGAGCUAGUCUACUUGGCAGUAUAGAAUGUUCUUUUAACUUUCCUCUUCCCAGCUCCUGAAGAGUCUCUGAGUCACCCUCACCCUCACCCCCACCCCCCAGGCAUUGCUGUAAAGGGACUCUAUUUAGCCUGGGACAUCAGGCUGUACUUUCUAAGGACUGCAGGGAAGAGGUCUGUGUUCCCUUCUUUCCAAAGAGUGCCCCCUACCUUUGUAUUUGCAAACAGGAAUCAAACUCAGUGCUGUCUGUCUGGUUUUACCAUCAGUUGGUUAUUAGAGAACAUUAUCUUCAAACCUAGUUUGGGGAAUGGUAGCCGUGCCAUCAAAAAUGACACUAGAUUAUUAUAUUUUGAAUUGCUAGUGUUAAAUCAUGCAGGACUAGGGUGUGACUCAAUGGCAGAACGUUUGCCAACUGUGAGUAAGGCUCCGAGUUCUAUCCCUAGUACCAUAAAACCAGUAAUACAUUGUGGAAAGCCAGGUACGGUGGUGCAAACCUGUAAUCCCAGCACUCAGGGACAGUGCCGUGGCCGGGGAGUGAAAGCAGGGAGACUGAGUUUGAGGCUAGUCUGGGCUAUUAAGAAAAUUGUUCUCUCUUGUGCCAACAUAUAUAAUUUUACCUCUUGGUCCUUAAAUACUGAAAUAUUUACUCCCCCGCUCCUCCUUUUUUAUAUUUUUAAUGUAUUUUAUUAUCUUAUUUGGCAGUGAUAGGGAACAUCCCAGAACCCCGGGCCUCACACAUGUGAGGCAGGUGUUCUACCACUGAGCUAGCCCUUAACUCAGUCAUCUUCUCUCCAUAGGAUUAUUUAAGGCACUCUCAAGCAUUAAGGGCUAUCUUAACAACACAUUUUGCAUAAACUUAGGAGAAGUUGGUGUAUUCAGACAAGUCUGGAGAGUUCCUUGCCUUCUGGAAAGUUCUGAUCCUCACUUGGCUCCCAGGGACUAUGCCCAGCCUUUCCAUGAGAGAGUACAGAGGUCUCUUCCUCAAAUGUUCCGUUACCUGGAACCCUGCUCGGCCUUUGUCCUGGUCCCCCAUCAGGGUUUGAUAGAAGAAAGGACUUUUGUGCUGUAUUUAUGGGCUGCCGAGCUGUAGGGGGUGGCAGUGGCCUGAGCCUCCUACUAGAACCUGUCCUGGAAAGGACAGACUGAUUUCAGCAGGUGCCUUGAAGACUAAACCCCUCUUAGCUUAGAAUCUCUGGAGACUGUAGACCCCUCCCCAUAUAUGUUGUACCCUUCCUGUGUUCUUUGGACCAGAGUGUCGUGUUACCCAGAGAUCUUCAUCUCUCAUGGCUUGUCUAUCAUCCGUAGACCCCUCACAUCUGCAUCCCUUUGCAUCGGCAGCCACUCAAAACCUGCCUCUCCACUUCGACCAGCUUCUCGUUGAGUUUCCAACUCCCCCACCCCACCCUCCAAUCCCCCAGCUCAGGUUUUCUAUCUGGGGAAACCACUGAAAGUGAAUGAAAGAUUGGGUCCUUAAACUGCAGUGAGUGAACGUCCUCUUUUCCAAAUCCAAAAUUCUAUGCCUGACUGCAUGGGAGAGGUCACAUUCAAAACAUGGAUACACUACAAACAAAAUUACCCUUAGGUCAUGUGUACAACAUAUGCAGAAACAUAAGUGGAUCUGUGUUUAGAUAUAAACCCCAUCCCCAAGAUAGCUGUAUUAAGGAUGUUUGUAUUGGUAGUUCAAGAUUUCAACCCACCCAGACAGAGGCUCGUUUUAGCUAGGAUAUGCAACCUCCAGUGGACUGAACCAGGAUGAGUGUCUAGCAUCCAGUCCAGCUCCUGUCUGUUAGGUAUGUGGACAAGCUUCUUCCCACAUCUCUGCCCCGAGGCUUUGUCUCUGGGCUGACAGUACUGCUGGGGAGAGCUUAGUGGGGCUAGUAUCAGAGACAAGCAAAGGAGACUGUUUCAUGCACUGACUUAUCUCUUCCUGCUGGGUAAAGGCUUGGUUACUGUGUUCUUUCAUGCUUCGAAGUGAUUCCUGAGGUUUUCUCACACCUACCUUCUUCCUCUAGGUGGGGUAAUUCUUUUCUAAAGGUGGUAGGGGAUUUCUGGGGGUGGUCCAGAUUGGUCAAAUGUGUGUAGCAGGUCAUGGGGAAGGGGGCCAUGGAAACCCAAGUUGUCAUAAUGCCAUGUUUUUGUACCUGAAAUAAAGCAUAUUUUGCACUUGUAAAUGAGAAAUCUGUAUGUGGGCUCUGUGCUGGGUCAGAAUGCAAAUAAAACCAUUUGUACUAAACCC